AUGUUGGGUGGUUUAGGAUUAACUAAAAUGCCAAAGGAAGAGGAUUGGAAGAAUGUCAAAGAGAUUUACUUGAUGCACAAUGAGUUAUCUAGUUUACCUGAGAAUCCAAGGUGCCCCAUGCUCUUAGCAUUGUUCCUUCAAGGAAACCACAAAUUGAGAACGAUCCCUCCCUCAUUUUUCGAUUACAUGCCUGCUCUCCAAAUCUUGAACUUAUCCAGGACUGGCAUCAGGUCUUUGCCGGAGUCCAUUUUCAGAUUAGUCAACCUCAAAAGACUAUUUUUAAGUUACUGUCAUCGUUUCAUGAGGUUGUCGCCCAAAGUUGGAGAGCUCAAGCAGCUUGAGGUUCUUGAUCUUGAAGGGACAGAUAUUAUGGAUUUACCUAAGGAGAUUAAGGAGCUAACUAAUCUCACAUGCUUGGAAGUUUCAUUUUAUGCAUAUCUGAGUAAUGUUAGGAGGGCCAUGCAAUCAGAUGUAGUGGUUCCUCGUGGCAUAAUUUCGGCACUGUCCCACUUAGAGGAGUUAAAUAUGAGUGUGAAUCCAGAUGACAAGCGAUGGAGUGCAUGUGUGGAAGCUAUUGUUACUGAAGUAUGUACCUUGCAGAAUUUGAACACUCUUAAAUUCUAUUUUCCAAGAGUGGAACUUGUGAGGCUCUUCCUAUUGAAUAGCCCAAUGUGGGUGCAUCCAUCACUGUCAAAUUUCAUAUUUACUGUUGGCCAUCAUGUCCAGCGCACUAUGUCUCGGCUCCCUCGCGAUGUUGAGUUUGAGUUGGAACGAUGGGAGAGAUGUUUGAAAUACAUAAAUGGUGAGGCUGUUCCUAAAGAGAUUAAAAAGGUACUCCAUUAUUCAACAGCAUUUUUAUUGGAACGGCAUGCAACUGUUAAGAAGCUAUCAGAUUUUGGUAUUGGAAAUAUGAAGCACCAAAAAUGUUGUGUUGUGGGGGAAUGUAAUGAGGUUGAAGUUAUUAUAGAUGCAACAGAUUCUCACGAAGAAGAUAGUGAAGCAGAUGCCCACGAAGAUGAUGAAGCAGAUGCUCACGAAGGAGAUAGUGAAGCAGAUGCUCACGAAGGAGAUAGUGAAGCAGACGAAGAAGACAGUGAAGCAGAUGCUCAUGAAAAAGAUGAUGAAGUAGAGGCUUACAGAGAAGAUGGUAGCAGUGGAAUUGUAUCUAAAACAUCUGGUGCUAAAAAAAUUGUUCUUGGAUCGCUUGAAUACCUCUACAUAUAUUAUAUGAAGAAUCUAAGGAGGAUAUGGAAGGGGCCAAUACAACCAAAGUGUUUAUCUCUUCUGAAGUCCUUGACAUUGCGCACAUGUCCCCAAUUGACCACUAUUUUCACAACAUGUUUACUUGAUAACCUCUGUAAUUUAGAAGAGCUUACAGUUGAAGAUUGCCCCUCCAUUAAAACUUUAGUAAGUUGCAAAAUUUCUGGUGAGCCUAAAACCUCUGUCUUUCUCCCGAAUUUGAAGAGGAUUUCGCUUCACUACAUGCCUGGAUUAAUUAGCAUCUCUAGUGGUUUACACAUUGCACCAAGAUUAGAAUGUCUGAGUUUUUAUAAUUGUCCAAAUCUUAAGCACCUGUUGAUUGAGGAAGUAUCCAGUAAAGAUUUAAAGAAGAUCAAGGGUGAGUGGAAUUGGUGGGUAGCACUGAAGUGGAGAUGCGGCCGUCCGAGUUACUUGGAUGACAUUUUUGUUCCAAUCAACAUAUGA